CUCAAAGCCACCCUCCCCCCCUCCCUCAAACCCUGGGCCUCGGAGCUUGAUGGAGUCAGUGCUGCACCUGGCCCGCCGGCGCCGGCCCCGCCGCACGGCGGCGGAGGAAGGCUUGGAGUUCCACCGCCUCUUCAGCAGGGACUCGGAGGACUCCUAUGGCGUUCCUCUGGGGUUCCUGCGCUCCGAGACGCAGCCGGCCAACGUGGGCAAGAUGGACGAGAAGUUGAUCCACCUGGCGCGGAUGGAGAUGACGGCCAUCGCCAAGAACUUGUCGAUGUUGGACUGCCUGGCCGAGGACUUGGUGAAGGCGUUGGACGACUUGGAGACAUCGGCGCAUCAAGUGCAGUUGUCCCAGCUGCGUGGCUGGGACGUCAUGCGCAUGCUGCGGUCCUGGCUUCCGUUUUCUUCCGCGGCGCCGGUUUCGGAUCUGGCGCGGCCCUUGCUGCGGUCGGAGUCCAGGAGCCCCAAAUCCGACGUCUGGGACCGCUACAGCGCCCAGCGGCGGCGCUUUAUCAGCCUGCUGAACGAUGCGCUGGCCUUUGCACAGCAGAACCCGGACCAGGAUGGGGUGGCGCUUUUCCACCAGCGGGUGAAGCUGGCACUCCUGGUGAUCUCAGACACCCAGGAACCGAGACAGGUGCUGCUUGCUGUGAAGGAGUGCCGGCGGCUCUUCCCCUUCGAGGUGGACCCUCUGGAGGACAUGCCGCUGGUCUCUGUGUACAUGUGUUCGCUACGGAUUCGCUGGUGCUACUUCUUCCUGUGCGCCCUCUUCACGGCGCUGGCGCUCUUCACGGGGACCAUCACCGAGCUCUUCUUCGCAGUGUUCGCGGCGGGCGAGGUGGGUGGCGCUGACGUGUGGCUGAGCUUCUGGCUGCUGCCCUUUGGCACUAUGCUGCUGGCGCUGGUUGGGGAUGAGAUGGGGGACCUCGUCAUCGAUGCCAUCGACCGUCCCCCGCUGCUGCGGUGCCUGGCGCUGCUGCUUGCGGCGCUGCAGCGGGACCGGCGCCUGGCGCCGCACCGCGGGCUCUGCGAGCUGGUGGACCUGAUGCUGAUUUUGCUCUCCGAGGGCCUGCCGUUUCUUUGCGCCCUGCGGAGCUUUUUGCUGCGGCGGGGGUUUUGGCAUGGCUACAUGCAAGGCGGUCUAUUGGCCGCGAUGAUUUUGACUUUGGCGGUCUUGCUGGCGGACGUGGCCAUUUGCAUCCACGGCCAGCAGUCGCAGCAGGCCCUUCGGCACAUCUACCACGUGCUGGACAAGCACAAGAUCUUUCCCGGCAUACUCUCCCUUCGUUACGAGCUGUUCAGGUCUCACUUCGCAGGGGUGUCCGUCCAGCAGCAGGACAGGAGCUGCCAACGUGCUGCUUCGUUGCUCUACUGGUCCUGGCGGCGCCUGUCGGUGGCUGCGUCCGAGAGCUGGCAGCUCUGCAGCCAGCAGCUCACGGUGCCCCUGGUGCUGGCCGCCUGGACCGUGGUCUCGCUGCUGGCCGUUCAGGACCACUUCAAGUUCCCGGUGGCCAUCUCGGCCACCAUGAUGAUGCUCACGGUGGUGGUGAUCUCCGUGAAGAUGGCCCUGGCCUUCCCGGACAUCGCAGGCCCAUUCUAUGCGGUGAUCCUCAUCUUCUUCGUGUCCGCCGCCAUGGGUCUCCAGGUGGGUGGCGCUUGGGCUCUGGCACCCAGAGAGGUGGAGCCGCUGAUGUACGCAGGGGCUGGCCGGGAAACAUGGGCACAGAACACACCCAACCAGCCGGGGCCCUUGGACCGGGAUCUCCGCCUUUUGAAAGGCGGAGCCCCUGGAGAUCUGCACGCGGAUCACCCGCUGCCCAUGUGGCGGGGGAACAGCACCGAGCCGCCCUAUGCGGCCUGCCGCAUCACCUGGGGCUCCCCAGAUGCGCCGGUCUCCGUUCUGGACUUGGCAGCACUGGCUCUGAUCGCCUACGAGGUGGACUGCGCUAAAAUGCCGCAGCUGCUGCAGGAGAGCUUUGGGCGCAAAGCGCCCAGGUUGGAGCACUGCAACCCCCACGACCAGCUCCCUCGGUGGCUGGCUUUGCGCUUUCCCCCCACGCGGCUCCACGGCCGCGGCACGCGGGUCUUCGCGCUGAAGGGCACCUCCUCCUGGCGGGACGUCUAUGCGGACAUCAAGCUCUUCGCCACCAUCGAGGUCUUCCAGGCCUUGUCGAAGAUUGUGCCCAUCCUCUCGCUGCUGCCUGUGCCGCUGGUGCAAAGCAUCGUGGGCUACACAGGCUUCUCGGAGGCGAACAUGUGGAAGGUCUUGGAGGAGGCGAUCGACUCCAGCAACCCCUCCGACGUCACGGUGGUCACGGGGCACUCUUUAGGAGGCCUCAUCGCGCAGAUUGUCGCGGCGAGGAAGCAUUUGCCUGCGCUGGUCUUCUCUUCCCCAGGCGUGCUCUACUCCGCUCGCCGCUUCCAGAUCUCUCCCGAGAGCGCUCGGCACGUGGUGGUCCUUGUCCCGGACGGGGAUGUGGUCUCCCAGGUGGAUGAGCAUGCAGGCGUGGUGCAGCGAAUUGCUUGCCGCAAUAAGAAUGGCGAGGCGGCCUCGACGGCCACCUGCCACUACCUGCGCAAGACCGCCUGCGAGCUCUGGCGCGCCUGCGGGGAUCUGCGCGGCCGGGACUUCUCCGUGACCUGCGACAGCUACGUGGCGCCGGAGACCUUGGGCAAGGUUUUGGGGGAGGUGCACGGCUUGGGAUUUGACAUGGCGGACGCGGAUCUCGAUGACUGAGGCCGCUGAAGCCGACAGGCACGAGAUAAAGGCAUCACGGCUUGCCACAUUGGACGUGAGAGAGCUGGGCCCGGCAGUGGUUUCAGCGGUUGCCACUUGUGCAAAGCCGGCGUUUUCAAUUAAAGCGCGGGCUUUUGCCAAGAUCGUCUGAGACGACUGGAGCUCCCAGUUGGAUAGUCACCUCAGCGGUGUUUCGUGACUUGUCCUUUGU